AUGAAGCUUAACCACACAGUCAAAGAAAGGGUUGUGGUAGGCUCCAAAGACAGUCUUAUCACAAUCUUCAUCCAUCUUCUGGAUGGAGGCGCAACAAUCCAAUCCAAUAGCUGGUUUGCGGGUGAAGAAAGCUUUAGCGAUAUCCGCCAAACAUGUUUUUACAUCCUUGCAAUCGGCCAAGCAUUUGGUUACAACCGGUGGUGGAUGGAAUGGAAUCGGGUGGAAGCCGGCUGGGAUUGGUGGGAGAGCCUUUCCGGUGGUGGGGAAUGGCCAAUGUGGCUUAGGGUAAAAGUGAGGGUAGAAAGGAUUGUAAUGCCACCAUUCGAGCUCUUCAGUACGUUUGGGGUUACCACUAAAGAAGAAUAUGCUGGAAUUUAA